AUGAAGGCGGAAUGUCCUGUAUUGAUAAUAUUUUCUAUCCUAUAUCAUGCAGAUGGCUUUCAUCCAUUCAUGAGCGUAAUGAAAGUACAUGAUGAAUUGGUAGAUAAUGUCAUGAGUUUAAUUGCUAAAGAUAUUCACAAUAUGCAGAAGGAAGAUGAAGAGAAUGCUGCUAUCACAGCGAGCUCGCUCAAUUCGCUCUAUUGCCAAGCAUUGCCUGUCAAUAUUACCUUUCCAACUUGGUUGAUACCUAAUCUACCGAAUGAAGAUUCUGCUAUCAGUAAGGCUGUAUCAGAUUUACAGAGCAGUGGAGUUUCAGCUAGCUGCACUAAUAAGUGGAUAAGUCUCUUGUGUCACAAAGUGCCAUUUUGUAGCAGCCAUAAAAAGAAACUGCUUGGUUCAGUAAGUAGGCAAGAGUGCAAUUCUGCUGUUAAUUGUUUAUCAAGCACUUCUCAAGCAGCUUUCAGAGACAUUAUUGACUGCCAUAUGUUUCCUGAUCAAAAAGCGCCAGUUUAUAAUCCUUGUGGCCAAACCAAUGCUCCUCCUAGCCAAAUCAAUGGUCCCUCCAGCCAAAAACAUACUAACCAUGCAUCCACAGUUGUCCUUGGAUCUUUCCUAUUUUACGUAAUUUGUUCUCUUUUAGCUUUUUUAUCUAAAGCAUCUUUCUGCAUGAUAUAUUAUACGAGUGUGGUGAAAAAGUAG